UCUAGGAUAAUAUCAUGUCAGAGAGCAUCGGUCCUCCUUCUGGGCGACAUGCGAUACCUGCUGAAUACAAGCGACUGUUCGCCCUUGUCAUCGGGGUCAACAAGUACAGCAACACAGCGAUCCCUUCAUUGCAGGGAGCUGUCCCAGAUGCAGAGGCAGUCGUAGACUACCUGCGUACCAAGCUGCAGGUUCCCACCGACCACGUCCGAUGUCUUCUCGACGACUCUGCGACGCGCGCCGCGAUCAUCGAUCAGUUUUUACAGAUGCAGAAGGAUACGCGCAUCGAAGCGGGAGAUCCCAUUCUUGUUUACUACGCUGGACACGGCGGUGAAGCGAAACCACCAUCAACGUGGCCCGAAACGAGCGACAUCCAGACGCUCAUCCCGCACGACUUUGGGACCACGGUCGAUGGACAGACAGUUCAUGGUAUUCCGGACUAUACACUAGGAGCGCUGUUGAGCCGCCUAGCGGAGACAAAGGGCGACAACAUCACAGUCAUACUGGACUGCUGUCAUUCCGGAUCUGGCACACGGACCACGGAUGCUGACUCUACUCGGCUAGGUCGAGGUGUGAACGUUCCUGACACCCUGUCCAAUGGCUUGGACGAGUCGAUCUUGAGUCAGGGCCUUUCUGGAGGAACACGUCAUGCGGAGAUUGCGUCAGGCUUUCUUCGCCGAGGACUGCGUUCUCAUGUCCUACUCGCCGCCUGUGGCUCGAAAGAGGUGGCGAUGGAGGAACAACGGCGGGGCGUGUUCACAGUUGCGUUGCUACGCACUCUCUCGACCGUCGGCGCACAUCAAGUAACCUAUCGCGAUCUGCUGCGGCAGAUGUACGCGCUACCUGGGCAGAACCCACAGUGCGAAGGCUACUUCCAGGAUCGAAUCCUUUUCAACACUAAGCUCUCGGCCUCUCGCCCAUUUCACUCAGUCCGCCGAGACGCAACAGCGUACACGCUUGAAGCCGGGUCUAUCAACGGUGUUACGCUGGACUCUCGUUACGCCGUCUACAACACGAGGGAUGGUCCGGCUCUUGGCAUUUCUCCGCUUGCAUACCUGCGUGUUUCGGAGGUGCAUCCAGCCGAGAGCACACUCGUGACAAUAUCCGACCAGCCGGUCUUCGUAUUGGGUCUCGGCCAGUCAGCAUAUGCCCUCCAAACAGAAGCUGGGACCGACCAGUAUCUGCAGCUGUACGUCACAGAGGACGAACGCCGAUCCUUCUUGCUCCAUGCGAGAACAGAUCAUGCACAGAAUGGGCUAGUAUCGAGGUCUGCGAUCUUUCGACUGGUGGAAAAGACGUCGGCAGACCUGGAAGUAACCAUGGACACGUCUGCUAUGCAGUUCACGAUGCUUCAUCCAUUGAUCGCAACUCGGGGCCUCCAACGUUUACCAUUCCCUGUCGACCUCUCGUCCGACGACGUAUACGAGACGCUGCAUGCAGCAUCGCGCUUCUUUUGGCAUCUAAAGCGUACAAGCCCCCAGCCUUCACUUCAGCAGCAGGUGAGGAUAGAGUUCAGACGACUACGGGAGGUCCCCGCGGAGGAUGAGUUCGACGACCCGAUCUAUGAGCCGUAUGGGCCGGAUCUGAAUGUCGCGGGCACAGUAGACCUCAUCGUCGAUGACGACGCUAUGUACGGAAUCACCCUCAUCAACGAGACUCACAUCCCCCUGUAUCCGUCGCUGUUCUACUUUGGCAGCAGCGACUUGAGCAUCACGUCGUACUUCGAACCACCCACUGCGGGAACUGCGCGCGUUGAUCCGCCCCUCGAGCCCAAUGGGACACUUCCCAUCGGAUAUGGCUCUGCUGGCGCGGCUCCGUACAACUACUACCUGUGGAAAGACCAACAACUCGACGUCGGGUUCUUGAAGCUCUUCCUGUCGACGGAGUAUGUUGACCUUUUGCAUGUCGCCCAGGGAUCGCCCUUCCACGGGGACUAUCGGGGAGCAAGAAUGGUUCCCAGUCUUAGUCGUGCACUACUGUGGGACACGUCUCUCGUGACCAUUGUACAACGGGCACGGCCAGCCGGAGGGGAGUGAAGUGGUAUGUAAAAACAAGUCCAGAACGACGGCAUGUGGAUUUUUCUUGUAAAUAGUAAGAUUGCCUCGCUUGGGGGAGCG